GAACGAUUCGCACCGAAACGGUUUUGCGAGUUGUUAUGAAAACUGUUUUCUGGCCCACUUGUUAAUGGGCAAUAGCCCGAGUAAAAGCUUAAUUUAUGUUCGAAUAGGAGAGAAAAAGUUAUGGGCCCAUAGACAAUGCGGAAGGCAUAUGGGUAUUCAGCAAGAUCCUGCUGAGGGUGACGGGUUCGAUUCCCGGUCGAUCCAGAAAGGGUUUGUAAUGGUUCCAUGAUUUGGUUUCAUGGUCGUACCAAAAAUAUAACGCUUCGUAUGCCGGGAAGCGAAUCACGCUACCCGAGAAUGGUGGUGCUGAACAGCUAUGCGUUUUUUUUUUACCUAGGCUGUUUGGGGUAUCUGAUUAAGAUAUGGGUAGAUUUUUUCAUGAUACAAAGUCAAACGUAGGUACACUUGGUGAGGUACAUUAGCACUUCAGGUGGAUACCUGCUAUGAUCGCAUCGACUAUAAAAGCCGAACAUAUUCAACUAAUGGGCACCAAAGCUAUUAGAGUGUUUGAACAAAGUGAAUCGAAGAGUAAGCCAAGAGCUCAAUAUACAUCGAAGUAAUCCAAAUAGUCAUGGAUUCUGGAAGUUCACAUCGUGCUCGCAGAUCUCGGGCAGCGGAAGUAUGCCGUUUGUGCCUUAAAAAGCGAUACCUCGUCGACAUCGACUGCAAUCAGUACCUUUGUAUGCAGCUGAAGGAGUGUUUUCCACAGCUAUCGCCGGACGAUAGUGAACUUCCGAGGUUUGUGUGUGGCGAAUGUUACCAACUGGUGGAGAUAACAUACCAAUUCAUCAUCAGAACUCGUCGUACAGAAGUUCUUCUACGAUCAUAUGUACACAUGGGAGGAGAUUUCCCUAAUCAAGAGGCACUGGAAGCAGAAUACCGUCGGCGUCCGAAACGAUCAGCAUCACCGGAGAAGGAUAGUCAGGAGGAGAAACCAGCAUCGAAGAAGAGGCGAUCGUCCGAAGAGUCAUCGAAGUCCACGGAGCGAAGGUCAUCGAAGAGUAAGAAAGACAACGAGCGGAAUUCAUCGAAGCACAAAGAGGAAGAAGGAAAGGAUUCGUCGAAGCAUGGAAGUAAGCGAGAAUCGACGAAACAUAAUGAGAAGGAUUCUUCAGAACACAAGCAUAAAUCAAAUCGCUCAUCAUCGUCUUCAAAGCGCAAAGAGAAGGACGUCAUGCUGCCUACUAAAGCAAUGGCGGAAGCUGAGUUGAAACGAUAUUAUAAUUCGGAUGAAUAUUUGUUUGGUGGAGCAGUGGAUUUGGAACCAGUCAAGGUGCAAAACGACCGUGUUGAAGAAAUACAAUCACAAAAGGAUGUGGCUAUACGGAUGGAAUCUGUUGCUAGUCAUUUAAAAGGAAUUUCGUUAGAAAUGUCAUACGAAGAAAUGGCGAAUGUUUUGGCUGCGCUGCAGACUAUUCAAAAUGGUCAGACGGUAAGUAUGUGA